CAGCCAUGCCUGGCUUUACGUGCUGCGUGCCAGGCUGCUACAACAACUCGCACCGGGACAAGGCGCUGCACUUCUACACGUUUCCCAAGGACGCUGAGUUGCGGCGCCUCUGGCUCAAGAACGUGUCCCGUGCCGGCGUCAGCGGGUGCUUUUCCACCUUCCAGCCUACCACGGGCCACCGUCUCUGCAGCGUUCACUUCCAGGGCGGCCGCAAGACCUACACGGUACGCGUCCCCACCAUCUUCCCGCUGCGCGGCGUCAACGAGCGCAAAGUAGCGCGCAGACCUGCGGGGGCCGCGGCUGCUCGCCGCAGGCAGCAGCAACAGCAACAGCAGCAGCAGCAGCAACAACAGCAGCAGCAGCAGUCGUCGCCGACAGCCUCCACUGCUCAGACCGCCCAGCUGCAGCCGAACCUGGUUUCUGCCUCCGCGGCUGUGCUUCUCACCCUUCAGGCCGCUGUAGACAGCACCCAGGCUUCGGGAACGGUGCCGCCGGCGCCCACUACUCCCACGGGAGAAGACGUGAAGCCCAUUGAUCUUACAGUGCAAGUGGAGUUUGCAGCCGCAGAGGGUGCAGCCGCCGCUGCCGCCGCGUCAGAGCUACAGGCUGCUACGGCAGGGCUGGAGGCCGCCGAAUGCCCUAUGGGCCCCCAGUUGGUGGUGGUAGGGGAAGAGGGCUUCCCUGAUACUGGCUCCGACCACUCGUACUCCUUGUCGUCAGGCACCACGGAGGAGGAGCUUCUGCGCAAGCUGAAUGAGCAGCGGGACAUCCUGGCGCUGAUGGAAGUGAAGAUGAAAGAGAUGAAGGGCAGCAUCCGCCACCUGCGUCUCACCGAGGCCAAGCUGCGCGAAGAACUGCGCGAGAAGGAUCGGCUGCUUGCUAUGGCUGUCAUCCGCAAGAAGCAUGGAAUGUGAACGGGUCCCCCUGUGGCCUGCUGGACUCCUGGACCCCUUCCAGCCCAAGGGGACCGUGGGCCGCUGUUGAACCUCUCUAUACUCCUGGGGCACUGGUUGACAGUACUGAGGCUUAAGGCAGCUGGACUCUUACUGGUGAUUUGGCACCCUCACUUGUUUCCUCCUGAAGUGGGGGCCGGGGCGUCACUCUGCCCUGGUGACACCAGCGAUUAUGACUUUGUCUACCCUUCCUCCCCAGUGUAUGUUGCAGAUUCUGGUUAAGCAGAGGCUUCAGAACCACAGAACUUAAAACUUAAAAUCUAGGGAUGCAAGUGGGAUGUUCACGAAUUAUGGGUUUAGGAAAACCAAACCUUAAGGUUGGCCUACAGUCAGAGACAGCUCUUCUGUGUGUAGUGAUAAGAGAUCCAAGUAACAUCAGUUCUCCUCCUUUUCAUGCUUUUCCUUCCCAGGUGCAGCCUGUGAUUCUGAUGGGGACUGGUAGAUUUGUGCCUCUGUCUCCUAGACCUCCCUCCCCAGGAGGCCAUUUACAAGGGGGUCUGAGUGACCUGCUGAUGGAGAUCCAGCUUGCCAGGGACUUAGGUUUAUCCUGUUUUGUUUGCUACUGGUUACAAAUUCUAUUUUCUGUACAAUUAGUCAGACUAAAGUUUUCACUGUGUUUGUUUGGCAAAACAAAUUAAACAAGAAGUAAGGUUUUUA